GGCCCCCCAUUGUCAGUUACUAUACACACAUAUGCAGAGCACAUACUGGACGUUUCCCAGCUCAUAGCAGACGCUUCAUACUCUGGAGGAUCUUUCCUUCCUUAAGGAUUGAAAGUGGAACCCUGGUUCUUUGGACGUCGAAGUUAAGAUGGAGCGGGUUUGACUUUYGGGAGCAUGGCUCUGGGACAGGCGGUGGACAUGAGCUUGAUGGACAUCUCGAAGAUCUUCUCGCUGCUCCAGCCGAAGGAGGAGGACGAGGACGGCGAGCUGUGUCAGGCCCUGAACAAGGCCGUGAGCAGCGACGACGUGGCCCUGCUCACCGAGCUCCUCGCCCAGGAGGAGUACCGGAGGCGCAUCAAUGCCCGGAGCGGGUGGGGGGUCCCCGUGACCCCGCUGCGCACCGCUGCUGCUUUGGGACACCUGAGGUGCCUGGAGCUGCUGUUGGAGCACGGUGCUGAGGUUGAUGUUUUGGACGUGAAGGCCCAGACGCCUUUGUUUACUGCUGUCAGUGGGAAACAUCUGGACUGUGUGGUGGCCCUGCUGAAAGCCGGAGCCGACCCCAACGGCAGCCAGUACAACAACUGCUCCCCGGUACUGACUGCGGCCCGAGAGGGCGACGUGGAGGUGCUGCGAGAGCUGCUGCGCUUUGGAGCCGAGGUGGACGUCAGACCCAAAGUCCCCGAUUGGGCCUCCAAUGCCACGACCUGUAGGGGCCCCCUCUACAUCUCCGCGGUUUACGGCCACCUCGACUGCUUUAAGCUGCUUCUUUUUCACGGGGCCAACCCCGACUACAACUGCACGGAUGAGAAGAUGCUGGCCCGGAUCAAGCAGCCAAAGACAGUCCUGGAGGUGUGUCUCCGGUACGGCUGCGGAGUCGAGUACAUUCAGCUUCUCAUAGACUUCGGGGCAGAUGUGUGCUUACCCACACUCAUCAUCGACAAAACUACAAAACAGAAUGAAGCUCUGCUGCUGCUGCUCAAGGCCAGAGUUUGUCCCAGAACCCUGAUGUCACAGGCUCGACUGGCAAUCCGAAAAGGCCUUCCUUUUGCCAACAAGGACUCUGCCAUCGACAGUUUGAACAUCCCACUGAUCCUGAGGAGCUAUUUGAAGCAUCACACCGCUGAACUUGGGUGAUGCUGAAGUUUGAAUCUGGUGACUUGUGGACACAUCGGACAGUUUUUUUUAAAAGCAGUGGAAAAUCAGUGUUUAGACUCUGAGAUCAAGUUUUCAUGCAGACAAUGCUCCAUGAAGCUCAGUGUUUUUUUWACAAGUUGAACAUGUAAACACCAAGACCUGCCACUAGAGACCAGAGUAACACCACACGACCAUUUUCAUCUCAACCGUCUCCUGAGCAGCUCUGCUCAUCUGUUGAUCCAUUUUCCUAAUAUGUUUUUGUUUUUCCUCAUCAGCUCCAGCUGCGUUUUCACAGGUGACUUGGCACAAUCAGAUUUCCUCCCACUUCAUUCAAACACAACUGGAGAAACACAUGCACACACAGGCUGUCUGCAUCACACCGGGGUGUCUCAGAUCUCGCCUGAAAGAAAAAAAAAGGGAAAAUAAAACAAAACAAGCUUGCAUCUUCAAAACAUCAGGAAGCGGAGUGAACAGCUCUGCGCUAUCGGCACGGCCAAGCGGGAGAACCGUUUUGCGUAACUCUCAUCACUUAUUCAUCACAGCUGCAGCUCAAGGCGCAGGCUGCCAUUUGUGAGCCCGGAGAUUUAUCGAUUUCAUUUUUUCAUGACGCAACGAUGCUAUCUCGCCCRCCCUUUCAUCUUCCCAGCCUUUUGUAAAAUAUCCUGGAGUUAAUGUGUCAGCUGCUGGGAAUGGCUGCUGCRAACAGGAAGUGAUGUCACGUGACAGGAAACUCAGCACAAUGCUCUUGACACGGCGUUCUGUAGAGGUUUUAUUUUCAACAAAAAGUACAGCUAUAUCAGAUAUGGAUUUAUUUCUCUUUUUUUUUCAUUUGUUUUUUUUCUUUACAGCGAAGUACAACAUAUUCCCAGUGCUUUUGAAUACAUCAAAACAUAGAAUGUACAUACAGUUGACAUCUCCACUCUCCCAUUCACAGUUUCUGGAUUGAAUAGGCAUUAUUUUUCAGGUUUUUCAUUUCUACAACAAAUAAAAGACCGGCAAGAAAGAAAAGAAAAAAUAUAUAUCUAUAUAUAUAUGUUUGCAUAUGGUGUUAAAGGAUACUGUGAAUAAAUUUCUUUUUGUGACAGGAAAUAAACAAAAAACAUAAAAAAGCAGACCUCAAAACUAGAUGAUAAUAUACAAUGAAUAGUUUCCAAAAGGUGGGRUGUGAGUCUUCUGGAUGUCAUUUAAACCACAUGAACAUAUGGCUCAGUGAAGACUGUUACCCUGCCUGUUCUGAAACAAGCCAAGAAUCRGCCAGAAAAUAAAACAAAAAGAAAGAAAGUCAGUCCUCUCAAUUUUAGUUUUAGAAAUUAUAUAAAAAAUGCCAUAAUCAGGUUGUAAAAUGAUCAAAAUCUGGCGUUAAAUGUAUAAAAACACAACAGAUUCCACCAUGUCRUAAAUUAUUUAACAAAAAGAAACCAGAAUAGAAAAGCUGUGUGAAAAACUAACUUCAUUCCAUGAUUCACAACAGUUUUGGCUCACUCCUUUGUUUUCUGUGGAAUGGUUUUACCUUUUUGUAGUCAGACCACUGAGAGAGUCGAGACUUUUAAAAUCCAUGUUUAAAACUCAUCUUUACUCCUGACUUUAGAUUCUAGACAUUUUUUAUGUUUUACUCCUGUAUUUUAUAUACAUUUGAUUUAUUUUUGAACAUUUCCGUGUUUCUUCUUAUUCUAUCCAUUCAUUUGACUGUAUUUUAAGCUCUUUGGUCAACUUUCGUUGUUUUUUUGUGCUAAAUAAAUAAAUUGACACUGAUAACACUUCAAUCAAGUUGGGGUCCGAACUUUGUUGUAGAUCUGCUGCUGUGUUUGGGAUCAUUGUCUUUUUACAUUUUCUUCCUUUUUUUUUAACCAGGCAACUCCGACUGAAAUCACAGAUCUCCGUUUCAAGGGAGGCCUGAGCCUGACCUAAACAUGAAUGUUUCUUGGAUUGUGGGAGGAAACAGGAGUACACACAAACUCCACACAGAAAGACCCCAGGUUUGCGGUAACAGUGAGGUGUGACUGAGCCAUCGUGCUGCCAUCAUACGUGCUGACUCAGCUUUAGUUGUUGUUGGGACAGCGUGACUCUGGACUACUUUGGAUUCAGAUCAGUUCGAGGUCGACUCAAUGGUCAACCUGUGGCUGCAAAAUGGGGGUGUAAAUCAACAUCUUUAUCACGAUACGAUAUUACAUCGAUAUGUUUGGAUGACGAUUCGAUAUUUCUCGAUAUCACAAAGUCUCAUGAUUUCAAUUCAAUUCAAUUCACGUCGGCGAUCGAUAUAAUGUGAUAUCAUAUGCCCAUCUAACACAACUGUGUUGGGCAUAUGAUAUCUAUUCCCAUCAAGCAAAUGAUGACAAUAUAGAUCAAUAUUUUCAUUUUGCCUCGAUAUAACUGAAUCAUGAACCAUUCAAAUCGAUAUAUCGAUAAAGACCGAUGUAUCGUUAACACCCCUACUGCAAAAUACACCUGAAUCUGAUCCUCACCCUACUCUACAGUGUUUGACAGAUGCCACGAGGCAUUUGUAUUGAUAUGCUUGUAUUUGGUGAAGUUUAUCAUGGGUAAACAUUUCUACUUUGCUUUCCUCUCUCCAAAGAAUACUGCUCCAAACAUCUGUAAUGUUUAUUUAGAGAACAUGAUUCUAUCUCCUGCCACUCGGUCUUUUUCUAAUUAUCUCGUCGUAAACUUUAACCUGCUAACAGAAAACUGUAGUCUGAGAUGGAGCUCUUGAAUUGUUAUUAUUUUGAAAUAUCUUUGGACAUUGUAUKGUCUGACCUUCGGGUGAAUUUGCUAGGAUCUCUGCUCCUGGAAAGAGGCAGGAACGAUCUUUUUUCUCUGUAGAGAGAUGGACUUAAAAUAAGCUCGAAAUGACCUUUAACUCAUUGAUAUGCAACAAAAAUGGCCUCUCUAAAGUCAUUGCUGAUGACUUCCUGCCUUGACAUUGUGAUAAAACAACACACCUGUACGCUCCAGAGCAGUAAACUGACAAAACUCCUGCUUUUGAUCGCACACAUUAUUACCAUUUAAUUAGUACAUUAGAUCUGCAGCACCUGGCUUCCACUUUCUUUUUUUAAAAUUAUUCUUAAAUCUCGUAAAAGCAACAAACAUUUCCAUUCUGGCUGUUUUUUAUGCAAAAAAAUAUMAUCUGUUGUGUGUUUUUGUGCACUUGAGAUUGGAUUUGAAUCAUUUUAAAACCCACUAAAGACCAGAUCAGUUUAAUCAUGACUUAAAAAAAAAAAAAAAAAAAAA